ACCUAUCUACCUGCCGUUUCACUUCCCAAUAUCAUGUGAGAGAAGAUCAUAUAUUACAUAGCUAGCUUGGCAAUCCGAUAUCCUAAACAUAUCCCCUUAACCUCUCCAUUUCUGCUACAAGAGUCAAGCUGCUCUCUGUUACUAAAGAUUUAAUAAACAGAGAUACAGAGAGGGAUGGUGGCUAGGUUGCAAAGGAGAGCAGCAAUGGGCAGAAGGCUCCACGUUCUAAGAACCCUCACCUGCUCCAAAUCCGUGCAAAGGAAGUCUGUCAUCAUGGAUGCUCUUCUGUACAUUUACAAGCUCAAGCUCAAACUGGAGGCAAUCAAAAGGGAACUUGCAAACUUAGUUGCUAUAAAAAGAGAAUACUUAAGUCUAAUGAAGCAACUCCAGUUGCCUAAGAAGGAGGUCAAGGUAGAGAAGGCUGAGCAAGGACUUCUAGUAAGGGUGACAUGCGAGAAGGGAGGAGAUAAACUAGUUUCAAUCUUGGAGGUCUUCGAAGAAAUGGGCCUUGUUAUAUUGAAUGCUAGGGUCUCAAGCAAUUUGUUCUUCGCUAUGGAAGCCAUUGUUGUAGCUGAUCAAGAACAACAUGCUCUGCAUGUGAAAAGUAUUACUCAAGCGGUUAUUAAGGCCAUUGAAAGACAAUAGGUGAAUCACCAGAGAACACGGAGUACUGAAGCAUAUGCCUUGAUUUUCCUGUUGUUAAUAACUCCAAGUAAUCUAAUUGUUGUCUUGCAGAACUAUGUGUGUUGCUUGUUUCAUAUGAAAAAAAGAGAAGGAAGAAAAAGAAGUCUUAUAGUUUGACUGGCAUUCAUGUUCUUCUCCCCGAAAAUGUCUCAGAUCUUAACCUUUCCUUUGUAACAAAAAGAAAUUUACCAUAUAUAUUUUUGUUUUUGUUA